GAGGUGUAUUUGUGAACACAUUGGAUUCUCUUGUUCAACCCAAGAAACCCGGAACUCUGUUAGUCAGGUGACUGUUUUCCCUACGACACCGUCUUCACACCAGUUACUUCCCUUAUUUGCAAAAUGGCGGACGGCGACGAUGUCGGCGAACAGUUGGAAGACUUAGACACUGCUUAUGAUGAAGAGCCUUUGGAUGAACCAAUUGAAAACCCUGAGGAAUCUGAAAAUAUUGACAUCCUUCCAAGCAGUGAAGCAUCUCUGAAAGUGGACCAUGAUAAAAGAAUCACAACACCAUUUAUGACAAAAUAUGAACGUGCUCGAGUGCUUGGGACGAGGGCCUUACAAAUAGCGAUGUGUGCUCCGGUCAUGGUCGAACUCGAAGGUGAAACAGAUCCAUUACAGAUAGCUAUGAAGGAACUCAAAGCGAGGAAAAUUCCAAUCAUAAUUCGCCGAUACUUACCUGACGGAAGCUACGAAGAUUGGGCGAUUGAUGAACUGAUCAUCACAGAAUAAAACCCCUCCCCACAUACACCUUUUCCACCCCUUCCUGUGUAAUAUGUGAUCUGUUGAUGGGCAGAAAAUACAAUUGUCAUUUUGCAUAACAUUAUCAUUCAUUUACUUUCCACAUCCUGUGAUGACGUCAUCAUCAUUACAAACAUUAUAAUGUCAUUGAACAUAGAAGCCAGGUUGCUGACAAUUAAGGGGUUAAUUUGUGACCUAAAGACAGUGCAGAACUCGGUUCUAAUCAUCCCUUAGAAAUAAUAAUUAAAAAAAAAACACACGAUUCAUAUUGUUUUUUAUUCUUUGAAAUAAAAUUGCAGAAAAUUUACAAUUAAAAUGGCAAAAUACACAGGUUUGUUUUUUUUUUUUUUUUUUUUUUUUUUUUAGUUUUCCUUUUCUGAUGAUGUUAAGAAUAUCAGUUUGGCACAAUAAGUGUAUUAGGGCUUUAGAUCUGACCGAAUUGCAGAAACCUGUUACACAUGUGACAGAAGGGCCGGGGGGCGCAAAGCACAGGACCAGACGUGGAACAUUUAAAAAGACACCAGGUUGUCCAGUGGCUAAAUAACCUACAAUGUAUUGUUUUUUUUUUUUUUAUAUUUGUUUAACAAUGACUGAUUUAUGUAUGGACUUUUUAUUUAUUGCUUAUGAUGAGAAACUUCUACAAACAGGGAUUUUGUUUCUCAACCAGUUAGUUCAACUGUACCACCAGACUUUGAUUACAAAAGAAGCUGGUACAAUAAUUAAAGAAAAAAAAAACAAUUAUCGAAUAUGUUACACAGUAUGGAGAGUGGUAGAAUGAAGAUCCUUAAUUUAAGUUU